AUGCGUUCCAAGUUCAAGGACGAGCACCCCUUCGAGAAGCGUAAGGCGGAAGCUGAGCGCAUCCGCCAGAAAUAUGCCGAUCGCAUUCCAGUCAUCUGCGAGAAGGUUGAGAAGUCGGAUAUUGCGACCAUCGAUAAGAAGAAAUACCUCGUGCCGGCCGACCUUACCGUUGGACAGUUUGUUUACGUCAUCCGCAAGCGUAUCAAAUUGUCGCCAGAGAAAGCGAUCUUCAUCUUCGUCGACGAGGUGCUGCCGCCCACUGCGGCUCUGAUGAGCAGCAUCUAUGAAGAGCACAAGGACGAGGAUGGUUUCCUCUACAUCACUUACUCCGGCGAGAACACUUUCGGUGAUUCUUAA